UGAAACUAUGGCGGCGACGCGGUGUUUAUCCAUAACAGAGCGCUGGAUCCGGGACGAGUUAAACCUCCAACACCAGUGUUUAGCGGAUGUGCGGUCACUUCGUCUGCCAGGAACAAACGGAACAGACAAAAUAGUAAAUCUGGGAAUUUCUCUCAAGAACUUUGUUCGCUUAAAAAGUCUGGAUCUUUCUCAUAACGCCUUGGUUUCAGUAGAGGGCAUUCUGCAUUUAAAGUUGCUUGAGAACUUGAAUCUGUACUUCAACAGAAUCUCCUCUCUUCAGGAUGUCCUGUCUUUAGGCAGCCUUCAAAAUCUAAAAGAGCUGGAUCUAAGACUGAAUCCCGCUGUGGAAAGAGAUCCCCAUUACCGCCUGCACUUAGUCCAGGCAAUCUCCAAGCUUCGCAAACUCGACGACUGUCCUGUGAGGGACAGAGAGAGAAAAGUGGCACUCAUGCACUUCUCUGCAGAGUCGGGACUGGAGUCUAGUCAGAAAUCUCCACUUUCUGUAAUGGAGAUAAGGAACAGCAAUCCGAGGAUUGCCGCAGUGAACAAGAUAAUGAUGUCAAAGCUCAUGUUUCGUGAGGGUAAUGAGGAAACAGUGCUAAAUCACAACUUUAAAAGAAAUAGGAAUAUUUUAACACAAGAAGUUUGUGCUGAAAAAAGCUGCAAACCAGAAUCUGCUCAUUUACAAGAGACUCGCCACACUAUCAGGCCGCGGCACCUGAAAGACGCUCCCAGAGUCACCUUUGAUGAACCGUCUGUAAAAAGAUGCACUUCUUUUAGCAUACAGAAAACACCCUUCAGAAUACAGGCGGAAGGUUAUUUCACACCAAACCCCAGCAACAAAAAUGGCUCUUCACAAGUGCACGCUGUACGGAUGGAACAAGAGGUCACUAACGGGAAAAGCGAGGUGACCACUCUGAGAGAGGAGAUCCGAUUGUUGAGCGAUCAGAUAAAUGUACAGAAGAGAGAACAUCAGUCAGAGGUGCGGAGGCUUUCCGAGCAGCUGAAGCAGGCACACAGGAACAUCGAGCAUUGCGAUCAGGAGUUGAGGAGCGUUUUGGAGGAGAAUGUGUCUCUGCAGAAACAGCUGAUCAGAUUAGAGCAGCAGCUCCUUUCCGAUAAACUGAGGGAAAUGCCGAACUCGCAUUGCUGAGGUGAUUUAAGUUUAGCCAGCUGCUCGAACGUG